UGUCAAAUAUGACUUGUGAAAUUUUGUGGCUGAUGAUAAGUUUUGCGGCCAGAGUUAAUUUUGGGUCAAAAGCACGAAUUGAAAGGAAAUAUGACGACAGUUUCGCUUCUAAAGCUUCAUCAUGAAGUUGAGUGACAAUUUUGUGUACUCCAAGCGAGAUUUGGUAGUCGUAGGCAUUGCUAUCGGCCUGAUUGUCGCACUUUUGGGUGUUGGUUUUGGAGUUUCAGCCAAACCCGCAGUUCCAAUGGGUAGAUCGGAGCUGCCGCCCCAAUCGAGCUUCGAAAGAGCCUUAUCCAUUUUGGAAGAGGCCCCAGUCAUUGACGGUCACAAUGAUUUUGCUAUGACUGUUCGAGAUCUGUUUCAAAAUGAUCUGAGCAAGUUCAAUUUCAACUCGAAUCUAAGCGAAAGAGAGGAACUAUCAGAUUAUCCUAUGGAUCAUACGGAUUUGCCUCGUCUACGCAAAGGCCGGAUUGGGGCUCAGUUUUGGUCCGCUUAUGUUAGUUGUGGAUCUCAGUACAAGGAUGCCGUCCAACUGUUCAUGGAGCAAAUUGAUUUCAUCAAGCGUCUCGUAAAUGAAUACCCGAAUGACCUCCAAUUUGCAACCUCCACUCAAGAUAUAUUGGACGGCUUCAAGAGCAAGAAAAUCGCCAGUUUGAUCGGAGUUGAAUCUGGACAUGCCAUUGGAAGCAGCGUUGCGAUAUUAAGAACUCUUUACGAGCUGGGUGCUCGAUACAUGACCCUCACCCACACUUGCAAUACACCUUGGGCCGAUUCUUCGGAGGCGGAGCAGAAUAUUCCACCUCGAAGUCAAGGAUUGUCAGACUUUGGCCAACUUGUGGUCCAAGAGAUGAACCGAUUGGGGAUGCUGGUGGACAUCUCACAUGUGUCCAAAGACACGAUGAAAGAUGCUUUGAGCGCAUCAAAAGCGCCUGUGAUGUUUUCCCACUCUUCUGCCCGAGCUUUGUGCUCACAAGCUAGAAAUGUUCCUGAUGAAGUCCUUCUGGAUCUGAAAAGUAAUGGAGGGAUCAUUAUGGUCAAUUUCUAUUCAUGCUUUUUGAUCGACGAUUGCCAAGAAAGGAAUGCAACAGUUCUCGAUGUGGUCGCCCAUAUCAACCAUAUCCGGAAUUUGAUCGGAGUCGAUCAUAUUGGUUUGGGAGGUGAUUUCAACGGUGUGGAAAGUCUGCCAAUUGGUUUGGAAGACACGUCGAAAUAUCCGAAUCUAUUCGUGGCUCUUUUAGAGGACAAAACUCACGAUUGGACUGAGGCCGAAUUGGCUCAAAUUUCCUCGGGGAAUCUGCUACGAGUAUUUAAAAAAGUCGAAGAUGUAAGGGAUAUGCUGAAACGUAAUGAUCCUGAGCAAACUUGGAUUGAUCCCAACGACCUACACCGAUCCGAAACGUCUUGUCAAUCUGAGACUUCAUAAUCAAAAUCAAUGCAUGUGGCUUGCUAAAUAAUGCUAACUUAUGCAAGAUUUGACAUUGAAAAGAUAAGAUACAUGUGUGUGUA